AUCUAAUUAUGUUAAGAAGAAGAAACUAACUUUACUUUAUUUGAAAUAUUUAAAAUUAAAUGGAUUUUUUUCAAUUGGGUGACAAUAAUUCUUUUUAUUUGGGCAUUUACUGAUAUACUCUUAUAUCAACAACUCUCCUUUAAACAUCUAUUAAAUGGGCUCCAGUGCAGAGUUGGAUGUAGAAUAUCACCUUUCCCCAAGUGAAAAUUGAGAUAUAACACAAAUAACAAGAAAUUAUUCACUAUGUCUAGUUCCUUCACAAGAAUUCCUGGAUUUUGUCCAGAUUGUGGUUCAAUUUUACCUUCUUUACAAAAUAAGGGUGGAGUUACAUGUUAUUCUUGUUCUAGGAUUUUUUCAGAGGAUGCGGAAGAAGUGUUUGGUACCUCUAAAGUAAAAUAUACAAUUGUUUUUAAUUCUCGAGAAGCCAAAAAGAAGAACAUUAAAGAAGACAAACGGCAAAAAACCAACGAAGUUGAAGAAGAAGGACCAGUUGUAGAAAGAAAAUGUCCAAAAUGUGGAAACGACAAAAUGUCCUAUGCUACUUUACAACUGAGAUCAGCUGAUGAAGGGCAAACUGUAUUUUAUACAUGUACCAAAUGUAAAUAUAAGGAAAGUGAAAACUCUUAACAUGUGCAUUUUAUUUUAAAUAUAUUUUAUAUAUAAAAUUAUUGAAUUAAAAGAGAAUAUGAAACACAAAAAAGUAGAUAUAAUGUUGUUAAAAAAAGAGUACAGGGUAUAAUGUAUAUGCUAUGUUAAGCUGACUUAAUAUGUAAAUAUGAAACUACUGGUAAUAUUUUUCUAAAAUUUGUUUUUUGUGAAGUUCGUUGCAUUUUGAAAUAUUUAUACUAAAUAACUAGUUUAUAGCAGAAUAGUGGCCAGCUAAAAGCCGUUAAGCACAUAUACCUUCUGAUAGGCCAAUCAGGCGCUUUUGCUUGAACCUUUUAUCAAAUUAGGAUAUGACCCAGCUGCUAGCACCAGUAACCUCAUCAAUAGAAUCCAGCAGCUGCAGAUACGAUUGUCCCUCCGAUUUCUCGUACCGGAACCUACUGCGAGUGCAGUUUUAUGGUUUAACAGGCUUUACCUAGACUUCUGGGUUGGAAGUCGUAAGUAGAGGAUUGAAGGCUAAUUAGAAUCUGGGGCUUUUAAGUCUGUAGCCUUGGCCCUUCUUCUCCUUUUUAUUCGCAUUACCACUGAUGUCGCAUAGUUUGUGCCAAGCCUAGUCAAAAGCAUCAGUCAGAGCUUAGACAUCAGUAGAAACUGAUGCUUUCAGCAGGCAUUGUUCGCGAAACCUGAUUAGAGCUCAGAUACUAUUCAUCCCACUGGCUCCCCUCCUUCAUGUCCAAGUAGGAGCAUCUAAGGAGAGCAGCCAUUGGGCUCUUUCAUUAACGUAAAUGUCCAAUGGCUUCUAGAGGGGAAAAAAUAACUAGAUAUAUUUUGUUAACUUUUUUUGUACAUAUUUUUAUUAAAUCUGAUGACCUACGAUAGUGA